CCGAAGACCACGCGUCAAAAAUGUGCAUACAUAAACAGUUUUUUUUUCUCUUCUGAUAUGCCUAUGUGUAUAAAAUAUCAUUCCCACUUUCAAUCCAAUUCAUUCAAGUUUAAUUCGUUGAAGUCUGAAGACGUAAAAAAAUAAAAUUUUUGCAACAGCCCUUCAAAAAAAUUAUAUUUUUUAUUUGAAAUUCUAUGGCUUAUGAAAUGAUUGUGAAUAGUGAUACUUCAACAAGCUAAAGUUUUAAAAGUGUAAAGGAAUUUUUUGUUCAUAAGAAAAUAAUAUGAUGGUUUCAAUUAAACAAUUCUACUAUAAUCUCAUAAUUGAAUUAAAAAUAAACUGACAUUUUGAUGAAUUUGUGAAAAUUAGGUGAAUUAAGCCCCCAUUGCAUGUGGAUGACUUAAAAGAUAAAAUAUGGUAAAAAUCUUCAUACUGUUGCGAAGGAUUUAGUCAAAGAUAGUUCUUAAAGUGAAGAGCAAAUAAGUUUGACUAUUUUUCAAAUCUAUAUAACAAGAAAGCUUUAGGAAGGAGAGAUUUGGAAAAAAUAUUGAAAAUUCAUUGAUUUAUUUUCAUCGUUUCGAACUGAUAUUUAAAUUCUCACAAAAAUGAAAACUAAUCAAUUGGAAUCACACUGUCAAAAUUAUUUUAUUUUGAUAUUAUUUAUUGUGAUACUCGGAUUAGUGUUUACAACCUCAGCUGAAAUUAACUAUAAUAAAUUUAAAUACCACCAUUCUAAAGUUAACAUAUUGAAAAUACAUAAAAAGCCUAUCCAAAAUAUUAACAAGAAGGAAUUGAGUGAUCAAUAUAGACGAACACUCCCUCCAAAUAUUUGGACAUUACUAGCAGAAAAUUCUAUUAGUUACAAUCAGCAAAACAGUUCAACUGAUGAAGUAAUUAGUAGUGAAAUUUUUAUUAAAAAUUCAAAUAAUUCGCAAAAUGAUGAAUUACUGAAAAUGGGACCUUUAAAAUGUCCAAAAUGUUCAAAAAAUAGUGUUAAAAUGAGCGAAGAUGAAUUAACUAGCUUACGAAUUGAAUAUGUUAAAAAUCAAAUUUUACACAAACUGAGAAUGGACGAAAGACCACCAAAAAAAUCAUUUGAUGAUUUACCAGAACCCAUUCAAGAAGGUUUUGCUAUUCAAAAUGAUGAUGAUACUGAUUAUCUAAAUCGUCAACUUGAUGAUUAUUUUGCAAAAACUACACAAAAGAUCAUAUUUUUAACGCAAGACUUUGAAAAAUGCAAAUCUCAUGAAUAUCCAUGCAUAUGUUUUAUGCUCAACAUUUCGGAAGAUUUGGACGUUAAUAUUAUUGAAUCAGCCGAAUUGUGGAUCUAUUUGGAACCAAAUAACUUGAAUCGUAGGAUGAAUCAUACUUUUCUCUUAUCAGAAGUUGAGCUUUUGGGAACAAGUAAAAAAACUAUUAAAUCGAAAACCUUGGCGAUUUCUCAAUUCGGGCAGGAUGGAUUAGCUUCUUGGGAAAAAAUCGAUUUAACAUCAUCCCUCAAACUGUGGUUGGAACAACAAAACUUAAAUCCCUCAAUUCAAGUAGCUUGUGAAUCAUGCAAAACAGAAUCAAUUCCAAUCUCACAACAUCAAGAUCAUAAGCCGUUUAUUGUAAUUAAUACUUUUCCAAAACGAACUUUAAAUCGCCAACGAAGAAAUGUAAACUGUGGACUUUCAUCAACAGAGUGCUGCAGAGAUUCAUUAUAUAUUGAUUUUGCAACAAUUGGUUGGAAUGAUUGGAUAAUACAUCCAAAAGGAUAUAAUGCUUAUUUCUGUCGGGGAUCUUGCAAUCGUGUUGCUUCCAUCACUCAAGCUGGAACACAUCAUAGCACAAUAUUUAACGUGAGUAUUACAAAACUACAAAAAUCUAAAUAAGUUUGAGUCAACAAAAAUAUUUUAUUAAGCAAAUUUUACCAAGUUUAGAAAUUCAAUACUGAAUUUUGCCACGUUUUAACAGUAAAAUGUGUGAAAUUGCUAUUUGUAACAAUAUGUCUCAUUUUCAGAAAUUUCUUCACCAUUCUUCUAAAAACAGUCAAAAAAAACUAGAAUUAGUACCGUGCUGCACAGCAACUCGAUAUUCUUCAUUACAAAUAUUUUACCUCGAUUCUAAUAACACUGCAACUCAAGUGACACUACCAAAUAUGAUUGUGGAAUCUUGUGGCUGCUCAUAAAAAUAAAUAUUUUUUUUUAUUUUAUAGGAACUAUAAUAUUUAUUUACUUUAGUAUUAAAUACCUAUUUUAAUAUUUAAUUAUCUAGAAUUAAAAAUAAUUUUAGUCAUAAUUCCUUUCUAAUUUAUCAUAAUAGAAAAAAUAAAAACAAUUGAUGAACUGAGAA